GAAGCAAUGAAAGAAAGAAAUAGAGUAAUGAUAAGGAGUAUGAUCACACUCCAGUAAAUCGCCAUGAAGUGUAAAGUCCUGUUCUAUUUAUGGUUGCUGGGCCUAAUAAAGCCAGGCUCCUCUGCAGAUGUCUCUGUGUCUCCGGGCUCCUCGGCUAUCCUCAACUGCUCCUUUACAUUGCCGCCUCUGGUUGAUGAUUCACUCUUGAACAUCACCUGGUCCUUCAGCGGUUUAGUCAUCGCUUCAAGGAACCACACUCAACCAGGCUUCUUCUUGAACACCACUGCCUCCUUCAUUGGCUCCUUCCCACUGACUGUUUACAAUGCCACUCCAGACCAGCAGGGGGUGUACGAGUGCAGGGUGAGCUACAAUGAAACCAAUUACUCUACAGAUGUGACUCUGACAGUGUUAGUUCCUCCACUGGUCUCCAUCAUCUUACCUGAGGUAGUUUUGAAAAGAACAACCGUGGUUGAAUGUUGGGCAAGGAGCUUCAGUCCUCCACAAAUCAUGUUCACCUGGACAAGAGCGGGAAACAAAAUCCAAGAACCCCAAAAGCUGCAGGUGAAGCGCACAGAGGACGGUCUUUACGAUGCGGUCAGCUGGCUGACCUUCAUCCCUCAGAUGUCUGACCAGAACACCAGCUUUGGCUGUGAGGUGCAGCACACAGCCCUGGAGAAGCCCAUCCUAGAGGAGUUCAUGCCGCACAUCACAGUUCUCCCAAAGGUCUCUCUCUCUGCUGUUCCCUCUGCUUCCCACUCCUCUCCGCUCACCCUCUCCUGCGACCUCAGCGGAUUCUACCCUGACAACGUGUCCAUUCUCUGGAUCCAGAAUGGAAAAGUUCUUCCCAACCGUCCUUUGUCCGUUCAGAGUGAGGAAGGGAUGUACGGGAGACAUCAGUAUCACACCCUGAGUGCGGAGGAGAGGAGCAGAGGAGGAGAGGUGCAGUGUGUGGCCCAGCAGCCCAAUGUGCAAGAACCUGCCUAUGCAGCUAUCAACCUCUCCGCCGUUGACCCACGAGUGCAAAACCCAGGCCUGAAUAAGUCAGCCAAGGCUUCGGUAGCAAUGAUGAUAAUUUCACUCACGCUGGUUUUUUUGCUCUGCUUUGGAUUUUCUUGGAAAAGAAGGGAUGAGAAGCUGAAGUCUCUGAACAUCUCGGCGAUCGUUCUGCCGCCCCGAGUGGUUGUGGGUAGGAAAGGCAGAGUCACCAUCAGUGUGGAAGGCAGGUUGGCAGAGAGAGUACAGACCACAUGGUUUCUCAAUGAUGUUCCCAUCACAGACACUGCAUACAGAGAGAAUAAAUAUGGUCCUUUUUGCUCAGCAGCCUACGCUCCUCGCAGCGCUCGUGUGUCUGUGGUGUCGGAGAAAAGCUCUCUGCUGCCCUCUGCUGCUGCCUCAGGAUAUUACAAGCUGCACACUCAGAUGUCGCCACGCUCGUCCUCCAGCUCCCUGAAGCAGCUGUUCUCCUCCGUCACAUUUAUACCCGACCUGUCCAUUCACAAGGGUGCAAUCUUCAAAUGCCACAUCUCGUAUAAGGGCAAAGACAAGAUUGUGGCCAAGAGAGUGUCUGACAAGUUUACUGUUCUAGCACCCCCUGAAGUUUCAGAGAUCCAGUUCUCAGAGCCGAAUGAGGACGGAGGCGUUGUGACCAUGACAGCCCAGGCCUCUGGCUUUCAUCCGGACAUCAUCACCUUCCGCUGGUUCUGUGAAGGCGGCGAGCUGAGCCCCGUGUCUGUCCCGCAGGCGCUGGCGGCCCCUCGGCCGGACGCUGCAGGCUUCUUCUCGGCCCUGAGUCAGUGCAGGCUCCCCGCCGCGGAGCUGGAGCGAGGAGAGACCCGGGUGUGGGUCACCGUCCACCACAUGGCCCUCAAACAGCCCCUCACUCGCCAGACCAGAGGGUUCAUAAAACAGCCCUCGGUUUCAGAGAUCGUCUGCUCUGAGGAGCGUCCGGUGAGCUUCGCCUGCGACGUCACAGGUUUCUAUCCUCCGGACAUCUCUGUCAGAUGGCUGCGUGUGAAAGCGAACGAGAGCGAGGAGGAAAUCACAGACGGAGCUGAGCUCUGGGGUCCCUUGCAAACUCAGCCCAGGACCUUCCGAGCAAAAGCCUUCCUUAAAGAUCUGCGAGAGACGGCGAGAGGAGCUGAGAUCGUCUGCAGAGUGAUGCACUGCUCCCUGCUGAAGCCCAUCCACAGAGUCUGGAGAAGCACUCGGAUCGUCGCUCCCUCCAUCCCUCCGUCUCUGUCGGUUCGCUGGAGCAGAGAUGGACUGGGAAUAUUCUCCGUUCUUCUCUCUGGAGGAAAACCCUCGGCGGAAGUUCUCUGGGCUGCUGGAGGCACAACCGUCUCCAAGCUCUUGUCCAGAGAGACGGAGCGAGAAGACGGCGAGCUCAAGAGCGUCUGUGUUGUGCUGAGAUCUACAGGAGGACAGGAGAGAGCUGGACAUGUGCGCAGAAUCAAGCCGUCUAGUGUGGAGUGUAAUGCAGAAUGUGAGAAGAUGAAUGAAGGUGUGGAUGGAAUGAAGUCAGCAGGAGAGGACCAACAGCAGAAUGAGGAGGAGGAUCCGUGCUAUAUAAACACUGUGAGACUGAGGAAGGAGAAGAAAGAGCGUCUGAGAGUUACGGUGGAAAUUACCCAUCCUGCACUGCGGCUGCCUGCGUACCUCACCUGGACAGAGCCUGCGGAGGAAGCGUCAUCUUGAUGGCUCACAGUUCUUUAGAAAUCUACAUCUCCUCUGGACGCCCACAAGAAACUUUAUACUUAAGUUCUGCUGUUAUAUUUAUUUUUCUGAAAAAAAUUAAUUUUUCUUUUAC